GAAAUGGGAACUGAUUUGAGGUUAGGCUGUGUUUCCCUGGGACCUAAUUUAUCGUUACAAUAGUUGUUUACAACGGAAGCGCGGGACUGCGUUGAAGAGACGCCGAUUGGUUGUUGUAAGAGGCUGGAAUUUAUGUUUUUGAAGCCGAGCAAAUGUGUUUCUCCGUCCUACAUUUUAGCGUUAACUAUUUAUGUAAAUUCCUCUCAGUCUUUUAGCAAAUGUACAAUAAUGUUCGCUAUGCUCUGACACAUCAUAUACACAUCCCAUGAUGUUGGUUGGAUACAGCAGCAGCUCGGAGGAAGAAAGUGAGGCGGCAGCGGCCACUGAUAAAAGUCUUUCUCGAAAGUGUCAAGAGGAAAAGGAUGCUAACAAUGGCAGCCCGGCGAGAAAAAAAACCAAAAUUGAUGAACAGGUUUCUAAAGCAAGGCUGCCUCUUCCCGGUUUCCUGUUGGCCAUGUUUCCAGAUGAAGUUGACUCACUGACUGAAGACAGCUCUCUUCAUGGUGGACGUGUCCGCUCCUUCAAACAUGAGAGAGGCAACUGGGCCACCUAUGUUUAUUUGCCAUACCAUCCUGAGGAGGAGUUCAGGGAGUUGUUGAAGGAGCUGCUCUCAUAUGCCAGUGCCCAUGGAGCGGUUUUGACCCCGCAGGAGGAGUUCCACCUCAGCCUGUCUCAGACGGUGGUGCUCAGGCACCACUGGAUCCAACCUGUUACCCAAAGCCUCAGGGCAGGCCUGGUGCACUGCAAGAGGUUUGUGUGCUCAGCAGGGAGACUGAGGGUGUAUUGCAACGCUGAGAGGACGAGGACGUUUCUGGGGAUGGAAGUGUGUACUGGGCAUGCUCAGUUGUUGGACCUGGUGCAAGCAGUGGACAGAACGAUGACAGAGUUUCACCUGGACACAUUCUAUAAGGAGCCAUCUUUCCACGUGAGUCUGGCCUGGUGUGCUGGAGACCUGAGAGGACAGAUGGAGGAGGAGUGCAUUCAGGGGAUGCAGAGUUUGAUGGAUUACCACGAAGAAGGGCCGUUUCUGCUGAGGUUGGACUGCGUGGAGCUGCGCUGCAGGACGGGAAAUAAGACCUUCCGCUUCCCUCUGAAGCCCUAAAGCUUGACAUGUUUACUCUGACCGCUGGAGCUUUACCGCUGUGUUCUUCUCACCCACAUAAAUGAGCUGGAAACAUUUCCAUUUAUUGUUGAAUUUACAAUGUGUUGUAUUCUUUUAACAGAUGUGUUGCUGGUCAAACCAAAGACAAUCAAGGCUCAAUGGCAAAAUGAUUUUAUGAUGUAUUGUUUUUUACUACUGUAUUUAAAAUAAAGUUGCUACUGGCCUUAUACCUA